AUGACCCUCCCGUGCUCCCGCCGCCGGCCACCCAACCGCCGGCCUGGAGAAGCCCCGCGCCGCCGCCUGAAGCCCACCGCCCCGCCACCUGGAGGAAUCGCGCGCCCCCCGCCUCAAGGUUCCCCGCGCCGCCGCCUUAAGGCCCGGCGCGCCGCCGAUCAGAGAGCCCGCGCGCUGCUGCCCCUUCCUCCGAGCGCCGCCGCCCCUUCCCCCGCACGCCGUCGCCCCUUCCCCCGCGCGUGGCCGCCCCUUCCCCGGCUCUGGGAAAGCCGCUGGCCCGGCUCCUCGCGGCCGGCCUACGCCCCUGCCGCCGGUCGAGCUCCCCUGCGCCCUGCCACCAACAAGGCACCGGCCGCCGCCAAAUCAACGGCGCGAACAGCCGUCCCCCGAGCUUCUGUGCCACGGCGGGGCACCACGCCGGCUCGGGAUGUCGUGUACCCUCCUCUGGCCUUCUUCUACAGGGUCGACGCCGGCAUGUACUGCCCACACUUCGUCCCCGCAACAGCUGCCACCGGCCUGUACUGCUGCAACCCCGACCUGAGGCCGACGCCCCUGCUCCCAUCCUGCCGCUAG